ACUGUGUUCGGGGAAAACUGAGCAACAAUGAGGACCAUUUCUGUCUUCUGCUUUCUUAAUACAGUUAUAUUGACACUGGGUGCUGAGAUCAACAUUGAGGCAACUGAAGGGGGGAAAGUCUCAUUUAAGUGCUCUCACAAACUGGCAAGUAACAACAUGAAGUACUUAUGCAAAGAUCCCUGCAAAGCUGAAGACAUAUUGGUUAAUGUAUCACCUGGUGAGACAGCAAACUCUGGAAGGAUAAAUCUGCUGGACUAUGGGGAUGGCUCCUUCACUGUUAACAUCACGAAUCUUCAGAUGUCAGACUCACACAUGUACUGGUGCGCAGUCAUCAGGUCUUUGCAUAAUACCUACACAUCAAUAAACCUUACAGUACUUAAAGCAUUUAAAGCAACCUUUCCACCCACUGUUUCUUCCUUCUGGUUUCCGAAUGUCACCAACUCAACACCGAUGACAACCAGUAUGGGAACAAAUACAACAGGAAACAUCCUAAAAGAGAAAAAAGGGACCACUGCAAAGGACAUUAGCAUCAAUCUCAGCACCAUGCUGUAUGCUGCCGCUGGGACCACUGCCACUCUCAUAAUCUUCUUACUGGCUACAUACUUCAGGAACCGCAGAGGAGCUUCAAAACCUCAGCUUCAUGUUUGCCCCGACAACAGAGACUCCAGGAAUAAGGAUUGUUAUGAAGCAAAGAAACCGAAAACAGGAAGAGCAUUCUUGACGCUGUUGGGUCCACGCAUAAAAGAAGCUCACUGAGUUACUGAAAGUAAAUGUGACAAAGGAGUAAAGAGUGAUAAAAAGUCAUCUGAGGGCAUUUCAGCCAGUAUUGACCCCCUACGCCAGUAUCCGAAAGCAUCUACAGGUCCAGGAUUUGAAUGCCCUGUUUUAAUUUAUGAAAAUCUUCCUUUCUCUGGUGGUGCUUCUGGUUCAAGACGUUCACCUGCAGAUCAGCAAAACAUCGACGAUAUAAACAACCGGAUCUACAUCACACCAUUGCCUUCUGCAGUAUCAGAAAGAGCAGCUGGCAGCUUUGACAGAAAACACACAACUGACCCGUCGAGAGGAGAGACGGCCAACCGUAUAAACAGCGUCUCUCAAUCUGUCUCCACAGAACCGCCUUCCAGGUCGCAUUGGUUUGGUUUAGAUGUGUCAGAAAUAAAUCACGUUUAGAAUGCUAAUUCAGUACUUUUUAUUAAUAGUAAUGUCACUAUAAACAAUAUUUAUGUGGGCGUACACUAUACCUCUGCUUUUAAUGUUAGUUAUGAACCCUACUAACAAAAGACCUACUAAAAGCUUUAAAGAAAUUUAGAAAGCAGAGAAAAAAGUGUAAAUAAAAAAGUUAAUUUCAUGGUAUACUUGGUUUUGUAUAGUGCUUCAAAGAUAAUAUUCUAACAAUGCAAUUAAAGAAACAAAAAGCACUUUCCAUAAACACUCCAUGUACGUGAUUUAUGAAGCUGAAACAUGAUGUUUUUGUCACAACAAGCUGCUCAUUUAUAAAUGCUUCAGGCCUUAUAGCAAAUUAUGUGGCUAUUGACAUAUAAAUGUGCUGUAUAUCUUUACAUUGAUAAAUGUUUACAUCAACUGUCAAAUAGUGUACAUACGUUGUCUGGGCUGUUGUUUAUUGUCCUUGACUGUGUAAACUCAUCAUAAAAAGAGUAAAGUAGACAUAUUACCUUACUACGUUAUUCUAUUUUACUAACUUUGCAUAAGCAAGCUUUGGAAAUAUCCUUUUGUUUAUAACUUUGACUUUAACUUGACUAAAUUUAUUUGUUAAAUGUAUAGCAUAUAGCUUUGACACCAUUAUCUUUCCUUUUCUGAUUUUGUGAAUUCCCUAUACUUUUAAUAAUUAUUAAUAAAAGGGAAAA